AUGGCUUGUCCAGCCAUGGAAAGUGCAGCUGCAACGGCACUCCGCUCGGUGCUUUCAAGGGUACACGUGGCAGCGGAGAGAUCCGGUCGAUCAUCGGAGCAGGUGAGGAUCGUGGCUGUGAGCAAGACGAAGUCCGUCUCCGUCAUCCAGCAGGCCUACGAAGCUGGCCAUCGUGUCUUCGGGGAGAAUUAUGUUCAGGAGCUUGUCGAGAAGUGUCCCCAGAGCACUGUAGCAAUUUAUACAUAUUUCUUCAUCAACAUCGCUCCACAGCAGCUUGUUCCCGAUAGCAUUGACAGUGUUAUUUUUUGGGAUGAAUCAAUUUCUUUUCUCCUUAGGAGAUUGUCCUUGUCCAUUGCGGCUGCAGAGCUUGGUCAUCAACCAAGGAGCUUCUCCUCGGACAUCCUCUUCCAUUAG